UGGAGCAAUGCCUACUUAAUUGCUGUGAGUUCAGCUGCCAGCAGCGCUGCCGCGGUACAUCACAUUACCGUGUCAACACGACCGACAGGUUUGGCAUGUCUGAAGAUCUUUAUUGGCCCAUUAUUUGAAAACCAUGGACACAACAAUAUGCGCUAUGUUUAUAAUCUACGCUCUUCUUGAGACAUGUACGGAUGGAGGCGUUGUGAACGAUGUGAAGAGAGUCGCUAAGACAACCUUAUCGUUACUGGACACUACGCAGGGGACGUGUUCACAAAAAGGCACCGACUACGCAUCACUAGCACUGCAGUCUGUGUACGGCGAACUCUUACAAGAAGACUGCGAACUAGCGUCUCCAAGCUCCUACCCAAAAGAUUACUUUCCCAAAGAGAACGAGCAAUUUGAUUUCAUAAUAGUCGGAGCAGGCUCCGCAGGUUGUGUGAUUGCCAACAGAUUGACGGAAAGCGGGAAAUGGAACGUUCUGCUGGUAGAAGCCGGUGGGGAUCCCUCCAAGACUACUGAGGUUCCCGCUCUUUUCGGUGCUCUACAGGAGACAGACGAAGACUGGAAGUACCAAACUGAUCCUGAAAAAGAGAACUGUUUAGGAAUGCUAGACAACAACUGUAACUGGCCUAGGGGAAGAGUCCUAGGAGGUUCGAGCUCAAUUAAUGCUUUACUCUACGUCAGAGGAAAUGACAGAGAUUACAACAACUGGGCCCAGGCAGGUAAUAUUGGUUGGAGCUAUGAAGACGUUCUUCCUUAUUUCAAGAAAUCAGAGGAUCUACAUGCCCAAGAGGUACUAAAGACAAAAGACUGGCAAAAAUAUCAUUCAGUUGGAGGACACUUGGGCGUUGGAUCUUGGAAUAACAGCGAACUCAAUCCUGUAAAGAAGGCUUUUAGAACUGGAAUGGCUGAAUUGGGGUAUGGCUUUAAUCCGGAUCCAAGUGGAAAGACUCAAAUGGGAUACGCCUUACUUCAAGGUACUCUUACUAGGGAUGCGAAAAGGUGUACCUCUGCUAAAGCAUUUUUAUCCCCGAUUCGAAACAGAGCAAAUCUCAAACUUGUAAAAAACACUUUAGCUACCAAAAUCCUUAUAAAUAAUGAAUCAAAAGUGGCAUACGGGAUCACUUUGAAGAAGAAUGGGACUCUAGUUAAUGUUUUAGCUUGUAAAGAAGUUAUAUUGGCAGCAGGAAGUUUAAACUCCGCGCAACUACUAAUGUUGUCCGGUAUAGGUCCAGCGGAUCAUUUGAAAGAGCACAAAAUAGACGUUAUACAAGAUUUGCCGGUCGGUGAAAAUCUGCAAGAUCAUAUGUUGUUUACUGGAUUAGUAUUCACAUACUCAAACUAUUCCAAACUUGAAGAUCCGGUUUCGGAAAACAUGUUUAAAUUUCUUGUAGAACACAAGGGCAGGUACACGAACAACGGGUUGCUCGGUAGCUCUGGCUUUAUCAGCACCAUCAACGACACGAAGUAUCCAGACAUCCAGAUCCACCGCUUCGACUUCGCCGAAGGGAUGUACGACCAGUUGGUAAACAUUUACAUGAACUUCGGCUUCAAGCCCAGUGUCGGACUGAUGUAUGCAGCCUUGAACACGUGUUCCUUUAUUACUAUAGAGAUGUUGACCCUACUGAACCCUAAGAGCAGAGGGAGAGUUUAUUUAAAAUCUACUGACCCAGAAGACCAUGUAAGAAUAAAAUGUGGGUACCUUACGAAUGACGAUGAUGUGAGGACGUUUUUGAGAGGGAUAGAUUUCGUUACGCGCCUAGAGAAGACCAAAGGAUUGGCGUCGGUCGGGGCACAGCUUCAUGAGAUAACUCCAGUGGCGUGUCACGUCUACCCAAAGUGCUCCAGGGAGAGACGGAUCUGUAACCUGAGGCACUUGACGACGACGAUAUACCAUCCUGUCGGCACCUGCAAGAUGGGCCCCAGCUCGGACAAGACUGCUGUGGUCGACCCUACACUCAAGGUCCACGGUGUAGGCGGGCUCAGAGUCUGCGAUGCAUCCAUUAUGCCACAUAUUGUCAGUGGAAACACAAACGCCCCCACCAUUAUGAUAGGAGAGAAGGCAUCCGACAUGAUCAAAGCUGACUGGGAAAAGUUAGUUGACGUUAAAGGCACUGUGAACCAAGUUUUAAAUAUUAUUCCAGUGGGAAAGUAGUUUAGUCGAGAACUACUGAAAUAAAUAAGAAAAUGAGUAACAGUAAAAGGAAACUAACAGUUCAUUUACAACUCGGAAAUACUGAUAUAAUCCUUUGCAUUCCUUUGUAACAAUAUGUUUUAGUGUAUUCUAAUAUGACUUAGGAUAAAUACAAUUUACUUUGCAUGUCUUUUCUAACCCAUACCCGAUUUAAAAAUAAAUUAUGUGUUUAUGGUAAA